AUGGUAAUUAAAUACCUCAAAAGUAUCCAAACAGCAGUAAUGUACAUGUGGACUACAUCCGCCACCACGGGUUCAUCCCAAAAAACAAAUAAUUCGAAUGCUCAAUCACCAACUCAAUUAGAUGAGCAGGAUAAACUCCUCUCGGAUGCUCUUGGAAUUGUUCGCAAUCAAGCAAUUCUCAUGAAGCGGAAUCUUGAUAAGAGUCGUUUGAUGGAUGGCUUAAAAUGUGCUAGUACAAUGUUGGGUGAACUUAGAACAAGUUUAUUAUCACCAAAAAGCUAUUACGAACUCUACAUGGCAGUGACAGAUGAGUUGAGAUUCCUCGAAAUUCAUCUUCUCGAUGAGUUCCAGAAAGGCCACAAAGUCACCGAUCUUUACGAAUUGGUGCAAUAUGCUGGCAAUAUCGUUCCCCGUCUUUAUCUCCUCAUCACUGUCGGUCUCGUUUACAUCAAAUCAAAUCCAGCAACAAAGAAAAGUAUUCUCAAAGAUUUAGUUGAAAUGUGUCGCGGUGUUCAAAAUCCACUACGUGGACUUUUCUUGAGGAAUUAUUUGCUGACCUUGCGUAACAUUCUCCCCGAUGUCCCAGUUGGAAGAGACACCGAUGAUUGUGGAAAUGUCCACGACUCCAUUGACUUCAUCUUGACAAAUUUCGCUGAGAUGAACAAACUUUGGGUUCGAAUGCAACAUCAAGGACAUUCAAGUGAGAAAGGACGACGGGAGAAAGAAAGAGAAGAACUGAAGAUUCUUGUCGGUACAAAUUUAGUGCGAUUAUCACAACUCGAAUCUGUUUCCUUGGAAAUCUAUCAGAAGAUCAUCUUGCCGAGUAUUCUCGAGCAAGUCGUGAGUUGUCGUGACGCAAUUGCACAAGAAUAUUUAAUGGAAUGCAUCAUUCAAGUCUUUCCCGACGAGUUUCAUCUUCAAACAUUGGAUCCAUUCUUGAAAUCUUGUGCUCAACUUCAACCUGGCGUCGAUGUCAAGACAAUCAUCAUCGGUUUAAUUGAUCGUCUUGCUCUUUUUCAUCAACGCAAUGAGAAAUCAAUUCAAGAUGAAAGUGCCGAAAUUCUCUCUGAGAUUGAAUUGUUUAAUGUGUUUAGUGUGCAAGUCGCGAAUAUUGUUCAAAUUCGAACUGACAUGCCACUUGAAGACACAAUUUCAUUACAAGCAGCGUUAGUUAAUCUUGCACAGAAAGUUUAUCCUGAUAAGAUUGAUUACGUCGACAAAGUGCUGGAAACGACAACACAAAUCCUCGAGAAUCUUAACAUGAAUAACAUCGCUCAUAAUUUGCCAGUUAAUGUUGAGUUAUCAAAGUUGUUACGUGUUUGCAUUGAUUUUUACAACAACGUUUUGACAAUUCUCGAAUUGAAAUGCUUUCCGAAGCUUUUCCAACGGUUUGAUUACAAAUCACGAAAGAGUUUGUCAUUGUAUCUCGUCAUGAACAUUUUAGAUAAUGAAACUUUUAUUCCAACUGAUGAGCAAUGCGACAGUGUCUUGGAAAUGCUUUCGCCGUUGAUUAAAAAUCAAGAAGAUCAACCGGAAGAGGCUUUAGAUCCCGAUGACUUUGCAGAAGAGCAAGGCGUUGUUGGACGUUUCAUUCAUCUGCUGAAAUCUGAUCAUCUUGACAUGCAAUAUAAGAUUUUGCAAUCAGCAAGAAAACAUUUUGCUGCUGGUGGUUCGCAACGAAUCAAACAUGUUCUGCCUUCGCUUGUCUUUCAAGCUUUUCAACUUGCUUACAUGUAUAAAGCAGCGUCAAACGAUGACGAGAAUUGGGAUAAGAAAUGUCAAAAGAUUAUUCAAUUUUGCCAUUCGACUAUCACUUCAAUCGCUAAAGCUGAGUUGCCUGACUUGGCGUUGAGACUUUUCCUGCAAGCUGAUCAAUGUCGUGGUGUUGUGACAUGUGCGAGUCUGUUCUGGAGUGGAAAGAAGGAUAAUGAAGAGAUGAGAGAUGAGAAACGAACACUUGAAUGUUUGAAGAAGGGAGCAAGAAUUGUCCAACAAUGUUUGGAUGUUAAUGUACAAGUUCAACUUUAUGUUGAGUUGUUGAACAGUUAUUUGUAUUAUUUCGAGCGAGGAAAUUCACAAAUUACGAUUUCAAUGUUGAAUCAGCUUAUUGGAAAAAUCAACGAGGAACUGCCAAACCUUGAGAAAUCAGAAGAGACGAAACAAAUCGAGAAACAUUUCAACAAUACAUUGGCACACAUCAAGAGUCGAAUCGAAACCAACGACUUGGAAGUUUCAUUUGCUGGCAUCACCAUCUAA